UCCUUGGGGAAAUGUAAUCUUCUCCAUAUUAAAUUAGCUUUCAUUUGCAUACAAUCUCUUUAUUAGUUUGUGUGUUCCAUUGAUAAUAGCAACGUAGGAACCUUGAAAUGCAUAAACUACUAAAACUUAAAUUGGAUAGCAUCUUCAGCCUCUCUCGUCUCAUGCCUAUCAAGGAAAAGGAAAAAAUUACAGGACUCCCGAACAAUCUUGAGCUUCCACUUCCAUUAUUUAUUAAGGUACUAAUUGACUAGGAGGACCUUAUUAAAUCUUAAAAAAAAAAAAAAAAAAAAAAAAGAAUUGGAAGCAAAAGUCCAAUGAUACCUGCUACUGCUAGGUACCAAUGGAUUGUCUUUCAUGAAACUUGCAAGAUGGCCUGUGUGACUAUCUUUUCUCCUUUCUUGUCACCUUGAAAUUAACAUCAUGUUCAGACACAAGCAGGGAGGCGCAGAAGAGUGGUACUGGUGACUAGAUCCAUUGUCACCUGUCCCUACUUGCCUGGAGCCAACCCGAUACAACCACGUGUCAACUUGUGCUGAGAAUGAUCACAAAAUAUCCUUUCUUUACAAUCUCCUAUGGUAAGCCCUAACUAAACAUUUCAAAUGUACAAAUACCAAUGAGUUGUAAGUAAAGUUAAUUCUGUUCAACUAAUGCAUUCCCUUCUGAGUUCAGAACUAAGUAAUACUUGAUGAGCUUUACCGUAUAGGAUCAGAGCCUCUCUUUGUAGUUCCAAAGUCAGAAUCCUGCCAAAUCACAGCUUGUAAAUAAAAACAUCAAUCCGGGUUUCUUUUGGUAAUAAAGCGUUUUUCUUUGUCUAGCUGGUCAAUUAUGGUAUUAAGAAGCAACCAAAAAAACAUUUUCCUCCUACAUUGGAACCCACCUCCUUUUAAUGUUGAUUUACAUUCUGAAAAAAUUGGAAGAUUCGUGCGGAAUGAAUCUUUAAAAAUGUGCCGGAGGUGAUUUUUCUUGGUUGUUUUGGUUCUCAAGUAACCAAUAUUUUUGAGUUUUAACAACAACCCAGAUCACAGAACACGGAUUUGUGAAGUGGGAUGAUGUUGUUGCCUUCAAAAUUUGGAAACUUUUAGUAAUUUUUGGGGAAUUAAAGUGAUUUCAACGUGCAUAUUUAAGGAAAGAUUGAUUUUUUGUGUACUGGGUAGCUGUUAUUUCUUGUUAAUUUGUCUUAGAUUGCUAGUUAUGGUGGAAGAUGAGAAGCUUGAAGCUUCUGGUGAUGAGGUUAUGGAGAAAGACGAAUCCAGAGGAGGAGGUUUCGUUAACUUUCUUUGUACUCCAUUUUAUUGGUUCAAAAUGCUUGCCAAUGAGACACAUUGGAGUUUAGUUUUUGGUGUUUUGGCUGUAUAUGGAAUAAGCCAAGGAUUAGGUGGAGCUUUUAGUCGUGUUGGCACAGAUUAUUACAUGAAAGAUGUUCAAAAGGUGCAGCCUUCUGAAUCGCAGAUUUAUCAAGGAAUCAUCUCAAUUCCCUGGCUUGUUAAGCCUAUCUGGGGCCUGCUCACUGAUGUUCUUCCUGUCUUGGGAUACCGUAGGAGGCCUUAUUUCAUUUUUGCGGGAUUGGUUGGCGUGGUCUCCAUGCUUUUGUUGUCAUUGCAUGAGAAUCUGCAUCUUGUAUUCGCUCUAUUGUCAUUGACAGCUGGAAGUGCUGGUGUAGCAAUAGCAGACGUGACUAUAGAUGCCUGUGUGGCACAGAAUAGUAAUACUCAUCCUUCUCUUGCACCCGACAUGCAAAGCUUGUGUACUUUAAGUUCAUCGGUUGGAGCUCUUUUGGGGUAUUCUAUCAGUGGUAUUUUUAUCCACUUCAUUGGCUCUAAGGGUGUGUUUGGUUUGCUGACAAUCCCAGCUGGACUUGUCCUUUUAGUUGGGAUUAUGCUUGAUGAGCCUAUCAUGCUCAAUUUUAACUACAGACAGGUGAACCAGAAGUUUGUUGAUGCUGGUAAAGCUAUGUGGACAACAUUGAAAUUUCCUGAUGUGUGGAGAUCAUGUUUAUAUAUGUACUUAUCCUUUGCAUUGAGUGUGAAUAUCCAUGAAGGGAUGUUCUACUGGUACACGGAUGCGACAGGGGGUCCAUCCUUCUCCCAGGAGAUGGUCGGUUUCAUAUUUUCAGUUGGUUCGGUAGGAUCUCUCUUAGCGGCAAUAAUAUACCAAAAUGUACUGAAGGAUUACCCUUUUCGAGAUGUGCUUUUCUGGAGUCAAUUGUUGUUGGGGUUGUCUGGAAUGUUAGAUUUGAUAGUGGUGCUGCGGCUAAACUUGAGAAUUGGUAUACCAGAUUAUGUCUUGAUUGUGAUCGAUGAGUGCGUCUUCCGGAUGGUUCUAAAUCUCAAGUGGAUGCCUCUACUUGUACUCAGUUCCAAGCUUUGUCCCCCUGGUAUAGAAGGCACUUUCUUCGCUUUGCUCAUGUCAAUUGAUAAUCUUGGACUUCUCUCAUCUUCAUGGGGAGGAGGCCUGCUGCUCCAUUUAUUGGAUGUGACUCGAACAAAGUUUGAUAAUCUUUGGCUGGCAAUUAUACUCCGAAGCAUAUUGAGAGUGAGUCCACUCUGUCUGAUAUUUUUGGUUGCAAGAGGUGAUCCCAAUGCCUCCUUACUUCCAAGCGAAAUCUUAGGUACAGAUGAUAGAAAUGAAGCUCCAGAAGAUGAGAAUAUUGAACUGGUAUCGCUUGUACGCAGUGUUGAUAGUAAAUAGCUUCAACACUGUUGACAUUAUAUUCCUCGCGAUCACCAUUGGUGAUAUUGAUAUACAGCUUGAACAGGAUCGUUGAACAGUAAAUUCGUUCAAAGUGGUGCUGAUAUGAAGAGCACUGCCAAAGUCUGUUGAUACUUACCAGCAAGGAUUGCACCAUGUAUGAUGGUUGUGCGCUCCAUUCCAUCUUACUGUUCUCUAGAUCAUCCUUGGCAUGAUACAACUGCGUUCGGCAAAAGUGUUGGAAAAUGAAAAGAAGAUACAAUCAGAUCAAUGGUUUUCUAUUCUUUCAAUACAGAACAUGUGAUUUUAAGUGGUCAGGAUUUUAAGAGGUCAUGGAACUUUUGUUAGGGAACGAUAUUUUUUAUACUCAGAAGAAAGAGACACAAAGUAUGCAAUAUUGUAAUGAAAAAACAGCAGGGAGGCAAAUCCCUCAGUUUCAGGGGAUAUAAAACUACAAUUCUUUU